CUCCGUCUCUCUUUCUGCUCCCGGCGGUUUCCGGCGACCGCCGUCUUCUCCUUCCCCCUUUCCUUAAUUCCCUCUCUACAGCUCUUCUUUUCUGAUUCCUUAGUUCUUGUAGCUUUAGAAGAAGUCGAAACUUUUCCCGAAACCCCUAAUUUAUAUAACUUUGUAAAACCUCUCGAGAUCUUAAGAGAUGGAGAGUGAGGAGGGUGAAAGUAGCAUUCCUUUCCAGCUCCAGUUCGAUAAGCCCAUACCCUCUCAGAUUAAGAUAGCAGAGUGGAACCCGGAGAAGGAUUUGCUGGCAAUGGUUACAGAGGACUCCAAGAUUUUGCUGCAUAGGUUCAAUUGGCAGAGAUUAUGGACUAUUUCGCCUGGAAGGUCUGUUACUUCUUUAUGUUGGCGUCCUGAUGGUAAAGCCAUUGCUGUUGGUCUAGAGGAUGGAACCAUUGCGCUUCAUGAUAAUGGGAAGCUACUAAGGAGCUUGAAGCCCCAUGCUGUAGCUGUCGUGUGUCUUAACUGGGAGGAGGAUGGACAAUCCAGUGCCGAUGAAAUUGGGAAAGCCUCAGUUUAUGAAGACCGUACCUCACGUUUCUUCCCUCCUGCUCCAAGAGCUCCGAAGAUGCCUGGAGUGGUAGCUGGUGACUCCAGUUUCAUGGAUGAUGGUGAAGAUUCUUUAGCAGAACUAUCUAAUGCCUCAUUCCGGAAAUUUAACGUUCUCUGCAGUGGAGAUCGAGAUGGAAGCAUCUGCUUUAAUAUAUUUGGAAUAUUUCAGAUUGGAAAGAUUAACAUACACGAGCUGUCUGUUCCUGUGGCGGAUCUGGAUGAGCAUGCCUCUUGCAAGCUAUUUAAUGCUACCAUCUACAAGGUUGCUUUAUCGAAAGACCUCUGUCGCCUGGUGGUAAUGUGCACAGGAGAGCUUAAGGAUUGUGAUAUCGAGCCAAAGGAGGAAAAACUAAAUGUUGAUCUGCAUGGUUUACAUUGCCUUGCUAUGGACACAUCUAUAUUUUGGAAGAGGAAAUAUGAGCUUCAUCAGGUUGCUCAACAAGCUUCCAACAUUGAAGAUUUGACUGAGGUUAUUCGAGAAUCCCUAUCAGUUAUGAACAAACAAUGGGCGGAUGCCAUGAAAACUUUCCACGACAAGUUUCAUUCUCUUUCCACCUUGAUCACAGAUAAUGGACUGGAAUCAUCUCCUCAAGAAGAAUUUCUUAGCCUUUUGGGUGGUGCACGAAUAAGCCCAGCACUUAAUCAGUUUUUAGUUAACUCUCUUGGUGAAGUGGGUGUCAAGCGCGUUUUAAAGUCAGUAUGUGGUACAGGAAAAGAGCUUCAGCUGGUUGUCCUUGACCAUCUUCAGCCUGCAGCAGAAAUCAUAGGAUUCAGGAUGGGUGAACUAAGAGGUCUCUCAAGGUGGCGUGCACGAUACAAAGGCAUUGGUUUGGAUGAGAGACUCCUUGAUGAAGCAACUGAAAAUGCUGGUCUUCUACUUGUACAAGUGCAACGGUUUAUGAUGGUACUAUCUUCUGUCGUUCAACAGUUCUCAAAUUUCUUUAACUGGCUCCUCAAAAGCAUAAAGUAUCUUAUGCAAGAACCAAAUGAUCAGCUUAUGUCAUACAACAGUGAACUCCUUGUGGUAUUCCUGAAGUUCUUAUAUGAUCAAGAUCCAGUGAAAGACCUCGUGGAGGUAUCUGGAGCUGAUGAUGACAUUGAAAUUGAUCUCAAAACAACUGAAAGAGUCAGACAGUUAAUUCAGUUUGGAGGGUUUUCAGACACUGAUUUUCUGCGGAGAACAUUGGCUAAGGAAUUCCAACACAUGGAGUCUAGCUUCAAGAGGGCUCUUCAAAUGCCCUUUACAACCAUAUCAAGGAAGAUAUCAUGUAUGAAGUUGUUGCCGCUAUGUCCUCUUCAGUUGUCGACAGCUCAAACACGUACUACCAUUCCGAUGUCUAUUUCCUUUUAUGAGAAUGAACUUUGUGCGGAUACACCUUGUGAAAGUGGGUACACUGAUCACAUAUCUUUUCAAGUCCCUAACGAAGCUUUCCCAGAUAUUCAGAACUGUAUUGGCAUAGCUAAGGGGUUUAAGCAAAACUCCAACAAUGGAAACAAUGAUUAUACUUCUCUGGAAGCUGUCUUGUUAUCUUUACCAAAUGGCUACCAUUGUGUUGAUUUAUCUCUCUACAAGGAUAAAGAACUGGUUUUAUUGAUGAACGAAACAAGUGCAAAUCCGGAAGGCUCAGGAGGAGCCUGCAUGAUGGUUGUUCAAACUGGUGACCUUCCAUUCAUUUCCAUUUCAAGAUCUAGUUGUCUAAAUCAAUGGGAGCUAGAGGAUUUGAAGGACUCCAUUGUUAACCUGGAAAUGGAGAAUGAAAAGGUUCGGAAAGUUCCACAUUCUACCAUUGCUCCUCUAGCAGUAAGCUCUUCAAGAGGAGUGGCUUGCGUUUUUGCUGAGAGAAGACGUGCACUGGUGUACAUAUUGGAAGAAGAUGAAGACGAAGAAGAAGAAGAAGAAGAAGUAUCUGAAGACAAAUUCUGCUUUAACCGCGAGUGUCAUCAUGACUUCACCCGCGAGUCUAACUACCGUCCUGGCUGGCGUCUCCGUAACGGCGAUUUCGCCGACCUCUGUAACCGUUGCGCCUCUGCCUAUGAGCAAGGAAAGUUUUGUGAAAUCUUUCACCAAAGGGCUUCCGGUUGGACGUGUUGUGAGUCAUGUGGAAAGCGAAUUCAUUGCGGUUGUAUUGUUUCUGCCUCUGCUUUUAUGUUGCUGGAUGCUGGAGGAAUUGAGUGCUUGACUUGUGCACGAAAAAAAGUUUCUAUGGGUCCUAAUUUGAGGCCACCACCAUCUUUUCCUUUCCAAUCUCCAAUUGCUGAGAAAUUCAAGGACUUGUCGAUUGAAUGGAGAUCUUCAAUCAGAAGUUACCGACCUCCUAAUUUAUCAAGUCCUUCGAUUCUGCAGUGUGCUCUGCAAUACCGUGGAGAUGGAUAUGAAUUUAAUCAACCUACUUCUAGAGAUAAGGCCACUGCAUAUUCCACGGAGACACAAAGGGGAAUGAAUGACUUAGUGGGAAAAUUAAUGAGUGUAAACUCGAACAAUCACACAAGCAGCAUUCUUUAUAAUCAGAAAGCAGGACCUAAUUGUAAAGCACCUACUUGUCCAAACGGCAAUGCAUAUCAUCCACCGAUUUCAUUUAAGGAGGGUCCACUGGGAGCACAGCGUGUUUUUCCUGUAACAACACCAACUGAGACAACAGGACACUUGGGACUAGGUGGAAGAUAUUUAUGGCACAAAGCUAAUUCUUCUCAAUUGAGUCACUUACACAAUGACUUGAAUAGUGGAGCAGACUCACCACUCGAAAACAAGAGUGGGAAUAUUGGGACUCAUCUUGAUACGCCUGGAAAAUAUCAGGUGGUUCCACGCUAUUCUCCUAAGGUUCCAUAUAAAGAUCAAGUUAACGAAUCUGUAUCAGUUGUCACCCCUCUCUUUGAGAAGAUUCUGAGUGUGAGUGAUGCUGGACGAGUUGGGCGGAUGGUGCUGCCAAAGAAAUGUGCAGAGGCUUUCUUGCCCCAGAUUUCCCAUACCGAUGGUGUGCCUCUCACAAUACAUGACUCAAGGGGUAAAGAGUGGACAUUUCAGUUUCGCUUUUGGGUCAACAGCAAUAGCAGAAUGUAUUUUCUAGAGGGAGUGACUCCAUGCAUACAGAGCAUGCAGUUGCAGGCUGGUGAUACAGUUAUCUUUAGUCGCGUAGAUCCAGAAAGGAAGUUAAUCUUGGGGUUCAGAAAGGCUUCGGACGCUCAAUCGUCUGUUCAGGAAACUGACUUGAAUAACAAUCGUGAGAGUUGCACAAAAGUAGAUGCUGAACCGAUUGAUAUGCAUUCAACUAUGGGAAAGAAGAAAAGUAGCAUGACGACUACAAGAAGCAAACGUCAGAAAAUUGAGAAGGGAGACAUCAGUGAGAUGAAGCUAACAUGGGAAGAAGCUCAAGGAUUUAUCCUGCCUCCUCCAAACCUCACCCCAUCUAUAAUUACGAUAGAAGGCAUUGAGUUUGAGGAGUAUGAGGAUGCCCCAAUCAUCGGGAAGCCAAAUACUGGUUUCGGAUCAACAUGCUCUGCAAAUAGAAAUCUCUUAGCUGAACAGGACGAUGAGGAAGCCAAAGACGAAGCUGAAGGACUCUUGAUGUCACCCAACUCAACCUCAAAGCACCCACGGCAUAGAAACGGAUGCGUUUGCAUCGUUUGCAUACAAUCCCCAAGUGGGACGAGUCCCAAACACGGCCGACGCUGCUCUUGCACGGUCUGCGAUACAGUAAGACGCCGUAGGGCAACUCUGUUGCUACGGAAAAAUAAGAAGAAGCAGAUUGAGAUAGAAAGCAAAGCACAUAAGGAGCUCGAGUCACUGAACUCUGAUGAGGAACUUGACCAAUCUGCUAACAACAGUGGGAACACCAGUAAGAACCAUGAGCAGCGUCAUGUACCGCCUUCUAAAGCACAAAUAGACUUGAACUUCCAACCAGAGAAAGACGAAGAAUCUCCUCCCCGUUCGAACACAAUGACUAAGGACAAGUCUCUGCGACAUGAUGAAACUAGCUUCAACCCAAGUUGACAAGCAAGGUGAAGGGAAAACUCGAGAUAAACAUAGUAAUUGUAGAAGACACCACCACAAGCUCCAUGUGGAUUUUGCAGAC